GCGUCGCCGGCCUGUGUCCGUUGGGGUGAGUCGCCGUGUAGUACUGCGACGGCACAAAUAGGGCAGGGACUGAAUUUAAACAAAUUAGGGCAAAUUGAGAGCUUGUUGGUAUGCAUGUGUAUUGGCUCGCCAACUCAGAGCGGUGACCCCGUCGAGAAGACGCAACUGCAGACUCGUGAGUGCUUGUCGCCUCCUCUUGCUGAUUCCCUACUCCGCCGUCCUUCUGAGUAUGUACUGUUGAUGUCCCUGAAAACUGGUGGUGUGAGCUUGAAUCUGACUGCGGCUUCUAAUGUCUUUCUAAUGGAUCCAUGGUGGAAUCCUGCAGCAGAGGAGCAAGUAAUUAUGAGAAUUCACCGGAUUGGCAAGAAGAGGACUGUCCAUCCACUUCACGACCAACUGCUCGGGUCUUUGGCUGGCCUGAAGAUUACGUUUCUUGCUUCCCACCAUAUGCUCACGUUUCGGCCAAUGCGCCGACUAAAGAGGACUGACGUGGAUGAGCCUCCUAAACCAACAAGGACACAUGCACCGACGGGUUUGGACGACUUCCCAGCAAUGGAGGACGUGUGUUACUGGCCGCUGAGGGUGAGGGAGGUGAUGAGCAAUGUGCUGGACCCAGAAAAAAAGUUGCUUGAGUAUGGAGAUAUCUUGCUGAGAAGGGAUGAAAUGAAGGGAACUGCCUCAAGCGCGUUAGGGUUCUCAAACAGGAGAUAG